AUUUUUUCCCCAACAGAAGAAAAAUAAUUUUAGCCUUCACCUAGGUUCAAUUGAGAGACUGAGGUUAGAUAAACAAAUGGAUUCUUCAAAUUCUAUACAGACGGCAACUGCGCCGAUCCCCGUCGAUCUGUUCGUUUCCAAGAAACAUCCUGGCCUAACGCGUGGAGAGAUCGGCUUCGCUGAUUCUUCUGGUCAUAUCAUUUUCAAAGUCAACCGCCAAUCUUCUGUUAAAAAAGUUGUUCUUAAUUCAGCGGGGAAUCCUCUCGUUUCCUUGUAUCACCAAGACAAAGGAUUGUGGCAAGGUUUUAAGGGGGAUGACGGUGGGGAGAAGGAUUUAAUGUUUAGAGUGCAGAGGACCCUGAGUAGACUUACUAGAACUGAAUUUGAAGUAUUUUUUGUUGGUGAGAACCGGGAAGAGUCCACCUCUGAUGUCAAGCUCAAAGGUUUUCCUUUCCGAAGAUCUUGCACCAUCUACAAAGGCAAUUCUAUUGUGGCUCAGACUAGUCUUAUGUACAAGCUUCAUCAGAUUUAUGUGAGACGGAAGAAAUUUCGACUAACCAUUUUUCCAGGGUCUUUUGAUACAACUUUAAUUGUGGCUUUGGUUGCAAUAUUCUUUGAUUGACAAUGAAAAUAAUAGAACUAAGAAGUGUUAUAUUGUACUUUUUCCAUAUGCCACUUAGUCACUUUGUUAAGGAAAUGUAUGCAUUUGUUGUUAUAAACUAUAUCAAAAUGAAACUUAUGAUAGCCUCUGGUUUUAA